AUGGCAGACAUUAUGCAUGCAGGAUGUAUCACUUUCCUAAUUUCUGUAUGCAACUCAGAUGCAGUAGUAGCCCAUCUUCUUUGGUCUACAGAUGCCAAGUGCAUGCUCCUGAGUCAAAACCCUGGAAUGCAGAAGCUUGCAGCAGCUGCACUUCAGAAGCUAAAAGCUAGAUAUGAACAUGCAGAUAUCCAAAUGAUACCUAUGCCCUCUUUUGAGACCCUCUACUCCACAUCGACAUCUGCAAAGCUGUUAUCUUUGAUUCAGAAUAACAUGCUGGAGACUCAAGCACUAAUCAUGUAUUCAUCUGAUUCUACUGCAUUCCCAAAACCCAUCUCAUUCACAUACAAGAUCAUGAUGCAGUCUGAUCUUAUGGGUGCUAUUCACAUUGCUUGGAUGGUGUUUGCAGGCAGCUCUCUACAAUCUGCCAUAGAUGACAGACUAAUCCAAAAAGGUGUUUGUUUGGUUUCUUUGUAUAGACAUGCUUAUAUCACUGUAAGGACAGAGACCACCACAGUCAUGCUGUUCCUUUUAAGUCAAUGUUUUUCAUUUUCUAGCGACCUCCCUCUGAAGGCUGAGACUAUUGGAAGUUCUCCCCUCAUUGUACUCCAACCUUCAUGCUCUUUGAGGAAGAGAAUGGAGUUUACCAUCUUGUGUUCAAGACAACCCCAACACAUCAACUUGCUAUUCUAA